UUGUCGUCGCCACCUUCGGCCCGGCGCUCUUCGGCGGCCUUUGGCGAUGUCGGAAGUGAUGCAGGACAAGUCCAAAGUCAAGUUGUUGCCUCCCGCAUUUCCCGACAAGUCCCGGCUUCAAAGUUCAGGCUUGCGGUCCAAGGGCUUCGCCAUCACGGACCUCCUGGGCCUCGAGUCCACAUCUGCGUCGUCCGGGGGGGUCGAGGCUCAGAGUGGCGCUGGCUUGGGGCUGGGCCAGACCCUGGGCAGCGCCUUUUCUUUCCCAGGGGCUUCCCUCCCGCUGGGUCUGGGCUUCCUGUGCAGUCUGGCGGCUCAGCGGCCGCCCGGGCCCACUGGAGGACCUCCCUGCUUCUUGCCAGGUCACUUGCCGCUCCUGCAGAGACCCGACGGCCAUUUCCUGCACAGCGCCGACCCCCACAGGGAUACCUUCUCCGAUGAUGAGAUUCUGUCCGACCACGAGUCCAAAAAUUGUUCAGCUUCUCAGAAGAGGAAGAAGCGGCGCCACAGGACCGUCUUCACGUCCCACCAGCUGGAGGAACUGGAGAAAGCCUUCCACGAGGCCCACUACCCUGACGUCUACGCUCGAGAGAUGCUCGCCGUCAAGACGGAGCUGCCCGAGGACCGCAUUCAGGUGUGGUUCCAGAACCGGCGCGCCAAGUGGCGCAAGCGUGAAAAGUGCUGGGGCCGCAGCAGCGUGAUGGCCGAGUACGGCCUCUACGGGGCCAUGGUGCGUCACUCUAUCCCGCUCCCUGAGUCCAUCCUCAACUCGGCUAAGAAUGGCAUGAUGGGCUCCUGCGCCCCCUGGCUGCUCGGUGAGCCGCAUGCACGAAUGCACAGGAAGUCUCUGGAAAUGUCAUCCAAAAAGACCACCGCAUCCCAUCCUGACCGAUUGGACUCAAUGCGCACUUCCGACGCCUGCUGCCACACCCCUGAUGUGGAGGAGGCGGAGCCUGAGGCCGCUGGGCACCGGAAGGAAGACAAGGAGAAUGCAGAGGGGGAGGAGGACGAGGAGGGGGAGGAGGAGGAGGAAGAGGAGGCCAUGGAUUUGUCUAGCUCCUCCAAACAGCAGCAGCUGCUGCAGAGCGAGAUCGGCGCCCAACAGCUGUGCUGAGGCCGCAGCGCCGCCGCCGCAUUAUAUUAUUCAGCCGGCUGCCGCCAUCUUGGAAACAUGACAACAACCACCUGAGUGCCACACGACGCAUCCUGUCGCCGUGGUGACAGCCCAGCGAGACGUCCGUUACCGGUGACAAGUUCGCAGCGGCGCAAUCUGUUCCCGUGGCGACAACUCACCCGUGACGUCCCCCGUCACCAUGACAACAUGCACGCGGAGUCCCCCACCCCCGUUAGCGCAGCGACCACACAUCCGGCACAUCCUCUGUCACCAUGGCAACAAGCAUGCCGCGCACCCCUGUAACUGUGACGGCAAUUCAGCCGCCGCAACUCGUCAUCAAAGACGAUGCGACGUUUGCACAUUCGGCUCGAGCGCGCCGGCAGGCAAAUGCUAGCGGCUAAUUGCUAAAAGCUAAGUGCGAAGUCUGAGCACAAAAGUGACGUUAGCGUAGUUAGUGGUGUGCAAAAUGCGUCACUUGUUGACUUGGGAUCGUUCCUUAGGGCCGCGCAUGGAUGAUAAAUAUGUAAAUGAUGGGCUGAUUGCCUUAGUCUUGUCCUUUCUUGUCUUCGUGUCACAUUUCUCUUUUGUUCCACAUUGAAAUAUAUUGAAUAUCAACGUUUUUACUGUUGGACAGCAGCAGCUGCACAAUAAAACUAAUAUUUUUGGA